GUCCAAAGCCGCGACUCGACCCGAACGGACUCGCGCUCGCAUCGAUCCCGCAUAUCGGCACAUCCGUUUGGUCCUUCGAUUCACUCCUCCCUCCCACAAGCCACCCCUCCCAACACAUCCCCUUUUAUCAGGCCGACCUUACCCAUAGUUCCACACGUCCAGAAGCUGUGCCAUUGUGUAUGUGUGUGAGUUUGUGUGUGUGCGCGCGCGGUUGUGUUCGGACAUAGGAAGAUAAUUUGGCGAUCCUCCGUGCUGUAUCAUUAGCGAUCCUUCACUGCCCAAAACCCUACCAACCGGAUCGAUCGUAUCAUAUUGGAAUUUCCUUUUGGGCCGUUCAUUCGUCGCCGAUUUUUUUUACUUUCGGCCCUUGAGGUUGAGGUCGCAUAUUUUAGACGAACUCUCCAUAAGGAAAUCUUUCCGCGUGGUGUGUGCCGCAAGGAGCAGCUUGACAUCGAAAGUGUUUUUUCCCCCACACUAAUCACACACUGAUACGGCUUCUCGGGUUGUGGAGCGGGUAAAAGGAUGCUGCUACGCAAGGCUACGACCGCACUUGGCGGAUGUUUACGCCAACCGUUGCACCGCAGCUCGUCAGCCGAACGGGUACUGGCUCCGUUGGUGGCGGCACAGCAACAACUACACGCGGCCCCACAGCGCCGUUGGCUGUCCAACGGCGGGGGACGAAAAACGCAUCCCAAAAUCCUCAUCACAGGUGGACUUGGUCAGCUUGGUGUCGAAUGUGCGAAACUUCUGCGAGGCCAGUACGGGGAAGAAAGCGUAAUUCUGUCCGACAUCAUCAAACCGAACAACGAGAUCGUUAACAGCGGACCGUACAUCUUCGCCGACAUUCUCGACUUCAAGGGUCUGCAGAAGAUCGUUGUCGAUCAUCGUGUCGACUGGAUCAUUCACUUUUCCGCACUGCUCAGCGCGAUUGGUGAGCAAAAUGUUCCGCUAGCGGUGCGCGUCAACAUCGAGGGCAUGCACAAUGUGCUCGAGCUGGCCAAACAGUACAAGCUAAGGAUCUUCGUACCGAGCACGAUCGGUGCAUUCGGACCGGACAGCCCACGGAACCCCACACCGAACGUGACGAUUCAGCGCCCGCGUACGAUCUACGGUGUAUCGAAGGUGCAUGCGGAACUGAUGGGCGAGUACUACCAUCACAAGUUUGGAUUGGAUUUCCGAUGCCUUCGGUUUCCGGGUGUGAUUUCCAGUGAUCCACCCGGCGGUGGUACUACCGAUUAUGCCGUCGCCAUAUUCUUCGAGGGACUGAAGACGGGCAAGUACCAGUGCUACCUCAAACCCGACACGCGUCUGCCCAUGAUGUACAUCGAGGAUUGUCUGCGAUCGUUGCUUGAGUUCAUGACUGCCCCGGAGGAGAAGUUGCAACGGCGCGUGUACAACGUAACUGCCAUGUCCUUUACACCGGAGGAGCUCGUUGAGAAGCUGUCCAAGUAUAUUCCGGAGCUGCACGUCAGCUAUCGACCAGAUAGCAGACAGCUCAUCGCUGACUCGUGGCCACAAGUCUUUGAUGAUUCAGAGGCGCGCCGGGACUGGGGCUGGCAGCACAACUAUGACCUGGACAAGCUGGUAGAUCUUAUGGUCCGUGAUGUCACCGAAAACUACAUCAACAAGUCGUCACAGUAGGACGGCUCCACGUUUUCCAGCCAACAUUUGGACCAUCGAGUGCUGCAAUAAACUGUGUAUACCUGCAACAACAGGUGCUGUUAUUCGGUGGACUCUGCCAGUGGAUACUAUCCGAAAAGUAUUCAACAAAUGUUGCUUACAGAAGACGACAAUAGUGCAUUUACCUGCACGAGUUCCGCAUAUUAAUCCAGCAAAUUGUACUUUGACAAAAGGACUGUUGGCUAACAAUUGUCAUUCCUGUAAAUUCUCAGGCAGCUAACGAUGAAGUCACUGUAACCUUGGCAAUCUUUUUUUG